ACUAAUUAUUUUAUUCUUUACCAUCUCCAUGGCACUAAUGGGUGGCUUCUAUGCGGGCAUAAAGUUGACUCCGAAUGAUAUGACUCCAAAUUAUGCAGCUACUGUGAUGGCUAUUAUUAACGGAUUGGGUGGCAUUGCUGGUGUUCUGGCGCCCUAUUCAGUAGGUUGGCUAACGAAAAAGACCCUCUUACCUGAAUGGCAGAUAGUAUUUUGGCUGGCUCUUGCUAUUCUCACCAUACCAACUAUACCCUUUUGCAUUUGGGGCACAGCUGAAGUGCAGGAAUGGAAUGAACAACCAAAGAAGGAAUAGACAGUUCAAUUUCCAAUUCGCAAGGUGCUUUCUUUAGUUUAGUCGAUGUGCACUGAUGCUUUUAUUUAAUAUACAUACAUAUGUAUCGAAUA